CGAAGCCAAAGAAUCCCCGUGAAAAUUCUUAUCCACAGAGACAACACCACAAGGCUUAAGCUUCGCACUCAGCAUAGUCAUUACUCACUCACAGGGUCAGCUUAUUUGGGCAUGGCAACAUCAUUCUCUCCGACUCCCACACUACCCUCUGUCCGCUCCUCUAUCUUCCCACAAAACCCUCCCAAACCCCUCCUUUCCCUUCCAGAGUUCUUUCGUGGAGGCUCCAAUUCCAGCUGCGUGAAACGCUCAUGGGCCUCUUCUUCAAGCUAUGUCACUCUCAAGCUUUCCAAUGCCUUUAGAGUCUCUGCAAGACCCUUACUUUCCAAAGGGGCCUUGUUGAACAGGAGAAUGGGAAUUGUGAGGGCUGCAACUAUUGAAGAAAUUGAAGCUGAAAAAGCUGCCAUUGAGAAAGAUGUCAAAAUCAGGAUGGAAAGGAGUAUUGAAAAUGUUCGGGCAAAUUUCAAUUCCAUAAGGACAGGGAGAGCAAACCCAGCUAUGCUUGAUAAAAUUGAGGUGGAAUACUAUGGAAGUCCAGUUAGCUUGAAGAGCAUUGCUCAAAUUAGCACCCCUGAUGCCAGUUCUCUUCUGGUACAGCCAUAUGACAAGUCAAGCUUGAAGGCUAUUGAGAAAGCCAUAGUUAGCUCUGAUGUUGGUAUGACUCCAAAUAAUGACGGUGAAGUGAUAAGGUUGACUCUCCCACAAUUGACAUCUGAAAGGAGGAAGGUAUUUUCCAUUUCCAGUUCUUUCCUUAAUGAGAUUCCUUAUCAUUCCCCAUUCCUUAUGAGAAUCAUUCCCUUUUUUUUUAAUUUUCUUUUCCCCCAGGUAGCUUUGAGGAAUAUAAGAAGAGAUGCAUUGAAAGCUUAUGAAAAACUUGAGAAGGAGAAAAAGCUUUCUGAAGAUAACGUGAAGGAUUUGUCAAGUGAUUUGCAGAAGUUGACAGAUGAGUAUAUGAAAAAGGUUGAUACCAUCUUCAAACAAAAAGAGAAGGAAUUGCUGACAGUUUGAUGCUUCAGUAUACAAAAUAUAUUGGGAUCUCUAGAAGGUCAAGUUUUGUAUAUGCUUUUCUUUUGAGUUGGAUAAUUGAUGUCUGUUUAUAGUUUUAUACGACUUAUAAAGAACAACUUUUGAAUUGAAUAUGAACAUUUUUUUUUUAACUUGGAUAAUGGUGAAUCAAUGAUUCAGCGUGUCAUUAUAAUUA